ACUAAGUGCAUAGCAGCAAUGUGGUGGUUCUUAGUGUUUUGUGCUAUUGCUGUUAAUGGACAAAAUCUUACUGAAAAUGAAGAACCACCACAAUCGAUAUUCGACUACCACUCGAUGCCGGCGCUAUCUGAGCUGGAUGACUUCGACCUUUGUUUGAAGGACCCUGAAGCUGUCUACUGCAUCACAGACCUGGUACUCAUGGAAGAUGAUACGCCACUGUAUCAGUUCAUUAAGAAUUUUUCAUCGCUCAGCUACAAGAACUAUGAGCAUACCAAACUCCACCGAGGAGUGUGUGCGUCCCAGCAUUGUGCCAUGAACACCUCUCAUGCUGACGCCGGUAACUCAACUGCUGAUGCUCUGAAGGACUGCCUCAAUGCUACUAUACAUCAAGGGUAUGGAUUGCAGGUGGAAUCCCUAUCGGUGAGGUACUGCAAGACCCAGAAUGACUACAAACCGCCUGAUGUCCUGGACUACGUCAUAGGAGUGCUAUUGCUGGCUCUACUUCUGGUCAACCUGGGAUGCUCGUUCUAUUACUUCUUCUCGCCUGUUGAGAAGGAAAAAGCUAACAAAUUCAUGCUAGCUUUUGCCAUUCAAAAGAACUGGAAAGCUUUGAAAUAUGGAGGCAGCGCUGAAGGUGGAAUCUUCAAGUGUUUCCAAGGAUUAAGAUUUUACACUAUGGUGAUGAUUCUUGGACUUCACUCGAUGAUCUUCAUCGGCUACGGCUACACGGCAAACCCCGAGUUUAUUGAAAAUUCCUACGACGAUUUCUUCAAAGCCCUGCUCUUCAACGCGCGUGUCAUCGUGCAAAUAUUCUUCGUGAUGGGGGGUUUCCUCAUGGCGUAUAAGAUGCUGGUGUAUGCUGAAACCCAUCCUUUUACCCUGAAGACUGUGCCUAUGGCUCUUGUUAAUAGAUGGCUCAGAUUAAUGCCAGCAGUACUAGUAGUAAUGGGCCUAGCUAUGACAUGGGUCCCGCACAUGGGCUCAGGCCCCAUGUGGGAUGCGGUAGUGAAGAGGGAGCGAGACAUGUGCCGCAUGAACUGGUGGCAGCUGGUCAUCCUCAGCCCUAACCUGUUUCCUUUUGAGCAUCUGUGCUUGCCUCAGGCUUGGUACCUCGGCACCGACACCCAGCUCUUCCUCAUAACCCUGGUCGUGCUCCUCAUUAUCUGGAGAUGGCCCAGGAGUGGAGUACCAGUGCUGUCAGCUGUGAUGGUCAUCAGUCUACUCAUCCCCUUCUUGCAGAGCUACUUUAUGAAUCUUCUGCCGAUUAGGGUCAGCAUAUUCCCAGAGUCUAUAAGGGAUAUUUUCGGGUACAAUGAUACGUUUUACCAUGCGUAUGUGUCUGCUCAAGGCAAUUGGGCUGGAUACCAUCUAGGAGUACUAACUGCGUACUUCUAUCAUAAGGCUCAGCAGAAGAAAUGGGAUCUUAGAGAAUCUAUGCUGAUGAAGCUCCUCUGUCUCAUCUCCAUCCCCGUGGCCGGUGGUACCGUCCUCAUGGGAUGGGACUUGCACCACCGUGAGGCAUCAGCCUUCGAGUCUGCCAUCUUCAACGCUUUGAACCAGAACUUCUUCGCUCUGGCUAUCUGUGUGUUCAUCAUUGGGUACUUUUAUAGGUGUAAUAGAAUCUACGUGGCCUCCGUAGAAUGGGGUCCACUACAGCCCCUGGGUAGGAUGUCCUACUGUGCCAUGUUGCUUCACGCGACGGUGCUCAGGACUUAUGGGGGACAGAUGAGGAGAUCCUUCUAUGCUACUGAUUAUACUGCUAUUAUGCUCUACGCCGGUAUAGUAACAACCACCUACAUUUUUGCCUUACCCCUCUAUCUCUUCGUGGAAGCCCCAGCCUGCCAGCUCCAGAAACUCCUACUAGGACCCAAGAGGAAACCUCAGGAACGAAAGGAGAAAGAAAAUUCAAACGCUAACCAUGUCAAACCUGGCAUUUCCAACGUCUCUGUGAAUACAGUCUCUACGCAUAUAUAGAUAAGGUCGCUUUUUGCGUAGUUGUAGCACAGUUUAAGGCAGCGUUCAAACUGAGCUGGCUGACAGCUGUCAAAAUAUGUCAGUGUCUAAGCAUACUACGCAUAACGUUUCAUCAGUUAGAUGCGAACGCAAAAGUGAAUAUGUAUGGAAAUACAAUAAAUUGCGUAACAUUCGUUCACAUUCAGCGGCUAACAGUCAGUUUAGUUUGAACACAGCCUAAAUUCAUUCUCUUGUUAACAGUUGUGAACCUACUUACGUUCGUAACAAUGUCACUCACAAAAGCAUGUGCUCGAUGCACGACACUCAAUACUGACAGCACCGGUAGCACCGGUAGAAGCUCGUCGAUGCACAUGCGUGUGUGAGUGACAUUUUUACGAACGUUAAUACAGUCAACUUCAGGUCAAUGGUAACAGUUUUAUAGGAAAAUCGUACUUAUUACUAUUGAGUUAAGGUGCAUGACAAUUACCACUAAUGUGCAGUCUACCGUACGUAGCUUCACAACUGUACAUCUUUAUUCUGUGGCUGUAGAUAUUUUUUUGGAAGUAUGAUGAUGAGCACUGAAUAUUUUCUUUUCUAGUAUAUUAAUUGGUUUUGGAGAUUUCAGGCUUUUGCUUAAAUUGACUUCUAAAGGGAGAUUAUUAAAAUUAAUUCUAGAUUCUCUUGCUGAUUAGAUGAUUUUUGUAAGCACUGCUUUGUAAUCAUUAGUUUCAGAUUUUUUAAGGAUUGUUACUGAAGGCCUUCACACAGUUUUGCCGCAGUUUUAAUUGAGAAAAUAUAGCCGUUUCGGCCUGAUGUGUAAUCGCGCUAAGUAUUAAAAAGUAGAUUUUCGAGAUAUUAGGAUAAUAAGCUUGUGAAAUGGUAUUCCAAUCCAAGCAUCACCAAGUAAGUACCUUACAAAGAAUGUUACUAUAAUCAGAGUAAAGUUUUUUUUUUAAACUAGUAGAUCUUACCAACCCGCAUUGAGCAAGAGCGGUGAUUAACACUCAAUUUUUCUCCGUGUGAGAGGAGGCCGCCAGCCCAGCAUUGGGACGAUAAAAAAAAGGCUGUAACAGAACAGAUCUUAUAUUUCUAGUGAAUGAAGUUUGUCAUUUUGACUCUAUCAAGCUUUAAAAUAGUUUUGAAUAAAUCCGUGCUGUCAUAACGGCACAGCUUGUACGAUAUACAUCAAAAUGUCUUGUAAUGCCAUCAGGCGGAUCUCACACUACCGCGCACCAUGUAUGACCUGCAUCUAUUAUACAGUAUUGACAGUUUUAAGUGAUUUUUUUUAUCUCUGUCGUGAUUAGAUUGUCAUGUCAAGAAACAUUGUCAUCAAUUCUGUGUAACUCUACAAAGUUAUACUGGCUCAAAGAUACUGUAAAUGUAAAUAAAAUCAUCAUCAUCUGCCUAGCCUUUUCCGAACUAUGUUGGGGUCGGCUUCCAGUCUUACCGUAUGCAGCCGAGUACCUACCAGUGUUUUACAAGGAGCGACUGCCUUAUUAAAAAUAUUAUUUAGCCUACACAAAAUAAAGUGUAUUUUCAUAAUGAUGAUGAUUUUCAUAGUCCAGCCGAGACAGUGAUCAUACUACAUAAUCAAAACGAAAAAAAAUUUGCAUCUAUCUAUAGCAUCGAAGCAGGAUAUGGUAGUGUGAGAUCCACCUAAGCAUUAUGGAGACAACAGAUGUGUCCUUAUGGUUCCGUACAUAAAUAUCAGUGUAUUAAAGUACAUACAUAGAUGUUAAGAAAUGUAUUAAGAUUGUAAAAGAUAGGAAGACUUUGUACAUAGUGUUAAAUAGAUUACAAUGAUGUAUUUUUGUACUUAAUAAAUAUAUUUUUAUAUAAA